AUGAUAGAUGAAAAGAAAUUUGACUUUAGUCUUGAUCAGUCCACAGCCAGCAAUGGGCUAUUCACCGUCAUAGAGAGGAAGCCCCUCUCGUCACUCGAGAACAACGAAAGCCUGAACCUGAGCAACCUGAGUGACCCCCUGUGCAAUUCCAUCGAUGGGGUAAAUAAAAAGGCAAAGGAUUACACCACCCAGAACACAGACAACAUAUGUGAAAUAUAUCGCCUGAACACAUCUCAACUUUUAAGUGAUCAACUGGAAAAUGCAGUGAGCAGAAUCAGUUACGUGGACGAUGACGUCUCUUCCUUCUACGACUCGGAGAAGGAAGAUGAGUUUUACUUCGACAAUGACCUUUCGACUUUGGGUUCAUGCUAUUCCGUGGCAAGUCCCACCAAGAUAAGUAAAGGGAAAAAAGUAAGAACGAGCGUCGUUGCAGGCAUUUCUAAGAGGUAUCCUGGUGGGAGGAGCAAGCACAGCCCGUUUUUUGAUCCCACUUUUCGAAAUGACUCUCCUGUGAGGGUUAAUCAGGUAGAAAAAAACUCACAAGGUAGGGACCAUAAUAUAUACGAACCAACGUACAGUCGUGAUGAGAGAAGAACAAGAUUAGCCACCAUAGAUGCAUCGAACGAAUCUGUCCCAAAUGAUGGUGACAGUGAUGAGGAAUCAGAACUUCAGAAGCAAAACUAUAAGGACGAACUGCUAGGGCAUUCGCUCAAUAGCAACGACGAGAAGGCCAUUCGGGUGAACAAAAAUGUAUACAGAAUUGUAAACAUAGGAAAAGACGGGGAUGAUGAUAAGGAGACGGUCAUCAGGAGGAUAGCCCAAGUGAGGAAAAGCAUGAUGAGGGAGAAACAUGCAGAUGACGAGGAUCAUGCAGAUCACGGGGAUCACGGGGAUCACGGGGAUCACGGAGAUUAUGAGGAAGGGGAAUCUCCGUCCCACUACAACCAUGCAUGGAAUUUGUCAAAACUGAGGGACCUCCGCACGGGUAAGGGAGAACCCCCCAAGGGGGCAUUCAAGGAGAAGCCCCAAGGGGACAGAAGCCACAACCGAUUCAGCGAAGGCCAUUAUUUGAGGAAAAACGAUAAGAUCUCUCGGUACAACAGUGACAGGAGGGUAAAAUACAUAGAAGUGAACAACCACGAUGAGAGCAACUACGAGGAUGAAUCAUCCCACUACAGCUACGAGCAAAGUGAAGAAGUGGAACCAACUGGUAACGCAAUAUUCAAAAAGAGGAAAAAAUAUAUGUUCCUUCCGAAGCAACCCGGACAGGGUACUGCUGGGGAUGCACAAAAAUGCCUAAACAAUGAGAAGCAGGAUGAAGUGAGUCACCACUACCUGCACGGAAAUGGAUUGUACGAGAAGAAACAGGUUAGGAGUAGCAGACCGUUUGGAGACCUCCCAGGAGAGGCGUCAUUCCAAGGAAGCGAAGCGAAUGUGGAUCUGACUGGCAGCACUGACGGAGGGAUGGAUCAUGUUGAGGGAGGCGAAAGACGUGGCAAUGGUGAGAAUGUGAGGCACCGCUCCUAUCGCUACCACAGGGGCGCACGUAUGAGGAGAGAUACCGGAUUCAAUGCAGACGGAAAUGCGGACCUCCCAACGGAUGAGGGGUAUGACGUGGACGACUCGAACCAUUUGCAAAUGAAUAAGAGAGUGAAUAAGAGAAUGCACCAUGUGAACCAGCAGAAGCGACAAGAGUACCUACACGAAGAUGAGCACCCACCACGAGGCAUACACAUUAAUGGCUAUAAUAAAGUACAGAAGGGAAAGUACCCCAAGGUGAACUACUCCUAUGAGGAUGAAGAUAUGACCGAUUUUAAACAGGAUGAAUUAUUUGCAGGUGAGGUGUAUCCUCCUCAUGACAUGCACUCUGCCGAGGAAGGUGCAAGUACGUACUUUAGGAGUGCUCACAGUAGGGGUUACAAAAAGAUACGCGCAAAGGGGGAUCCGGAUCAGGAUGAUGAGCAGAUAGACGAAGAGGCGAUUUAUAAGAAGGGCAUGUAUCGAAAUGGGAGGUACACGGGGGGGGUACGUGGGGCGAACCAAGGUCGAAUGGAAGAUCGCUACCACGUGGGGGACAAUUCGUUUACUAACUACUACGACGGGCCCAGCUGCAGUAGCCCGCACCCGUACCAUCGAAGUGAAUACAUGAGCGGGGUGAACCCAUCCUAUCGAAGACAAGGUUCGAGUGAGAACCAGAUAAGCGGCUACCCACGUGGGGGAAAUAGGAAGUACGAAGAAGAGCACAGUGGUGAUGAUGGGCCUGGUUCGUAUGGCGGAGCUCAUCCAGCGGCUCUACCCCGAGGGGCGAACUACCCGAGGGACUACUACAGUGGUAAACACGCCCACCGAAGAUUUAGCAGGGACUCGAAUGGAGUACACCAUGAGAGGAGCCAUUAUAAAAGAGGGUACAAUCGCAUUGACCAGCGAAAUAGCUAUGAAGGGGAGGAAUAUUACAACGAGGAGUAUUAUCCUCACGGGGGACCCCCAUCAGAUCAGGCAGAUUAUUAUGACCCACGUGGUAUGUCAUAUAAUGAGUACGAACAGUUACGCACAGACGAUGGUGAGAGGAAUGCCUUUUCGAAAAAGACCCCCCCAGGCAGUCAAAAUGGGUAUCUAGCCAAUGUAGCUUAUCAGCAAGGUGAAGGAAACCAUUACACCUUAGGUGAUAAGAGGACAUGUCUCAAUAAAGACGCCAUAGAUGGUGAAGACAAUAAGGUUAAUUUAAAUGGGGAGGGUGCCCCCACGAUGGUAGUUGAUCCUCAUGUGUUGACUGAGAAAUCGACUCACGUUUUAAGUGACGUUAAGGAGAAUGCAGGACAGGUCAGUGAAGGUGCACAACUUCGUCCCAUCACUGGGGAGGCAGAUAUGCCAAAUGAGAAUGCUACCAAUGUUAGUAAUGCAGCCGUGGUUGGGAACGCACUGCCACCGCAGAUGGUCACGCAGGGUACUACUCAGGGUGUUCCACCCGCCGUGGAGGCAAUCCAGUCAGCCAAGGAAGGACAACCAAACCAACAAGUGCAACCGCAACAACAAGCAGUACAACAACCGCCGGUGAAGAGAAAGCGAGGCAGACCCAGAGUGAAGAAAACUACCACCCCGUCGGAGGAGGCCCCAUCGAACGACUCCCAAAGCAACGUAUCAGCCGUGCAGCUGAAUAACCAAACGGGUGCCCCCUUAGCUAGUCAGAGCGGUAACGUGAGCAGUGAACAGAACCAGCCCCCCCUCUACAACAAUAACAUGGGUUCUGUGAUUAAUCCUGUUUAUAACAACCAGCUGAGUAACCCCAAUGCCCACCUGCAAAUAGCAAUGGAACAUCCGCAGAGUUACCAGAUAGGAGGACCUACCCAGGUUUUAGGACAGCCUUUAGGGCAACUACUUGGACAGCCUCUUGGACAGACGCCGGGGCAUCCACUGGCGGAUCCACACAACCCAAUGAACCAGUUAAACAAGAUGAACCCUUUAAGCGCACAGCUGGCGCAGCAGAUGGGCCUGCCGGUAGGACAGCACCUGAACCCACAAGUGGGAAACCACAUUGGUCACCAAAUGGGGCAGCAGAUGGGACAACACAUUGGGCAACAGAUGGGACAGCAGCUAAGCCAGAUGAACCAACACAUGAGCCAACAUAUGAAUCAGCAGAUAAGCAACCACAUGAAUCAGCAGAUGAACCACCACAACGGAUACCUCCUCCCAAGCAGAACGAACAACCACUUCGGUGCAAACAUGAACGAAGAUCAGUACGCCCCAGCAUACGGAUCCUUCGAACCAGAUGUAGCAAAUAAUGUAGAUCCGAACAUGUGCAUCAGGAACUUUGAACAGGUCAGAAACAAUAGGGACAAUCUUUCCUACGAGGGAGACAAGGGAGAGUAUCAAACGAAUAGAAGAAGGAUGACCAGAUCGAAUGGAAGUGGGUCGGAGGAAAGGCACUCCGAGAGGGAAAUUAAGAAGGUGCAGAAGAGACGGGGGAGAAGACGAAAGAAUGAAGUGGAGAAAGAAGACACACAUUAUAAAAGAAGCAACAGUAGUAGCAACCAAAGCAACAUGAAUCAUGUAGAAACGAAGUCGGUGGAGUCAUAUAGAAACAAGUCCAACGAUGACAGCAACUCCAGGAGUGAGCACAGGGCGGACCAGGACUUCUCCACGUUCUUGGACGAGAACAACAAGAUCGUUUCGUACAGUACGUUUGGAAAGAGGCUGGUCGAUGAAAACGAUCUAUCUAAUGGAGUCGCCUACAACCCCGCGGACACGGUGUGGGAAAGGCUGUCCGGUGUCAAGAUCGGCCCGCUGAUACUGACAGCCCAAAGCAGAACGACGAAUGUCAUUUUGGCGAAAAACAGAUCCAUCGAACUUGGCAACAUAAACCACAACCUCAUAUAUGGCUACAUUUACAAAGGCGACAACGUCAGACUAACCAUCGGAAAGGAGACCAAAUCAGUGAAGACCGGCUCGCUGUUCUUCCUGCCCAGCUACAACGACUGCAGCAUACAUAACGAUGACAACCUUGGGACCGCCAAAAUAUUUUUAUGCUUUGUUUACCUGAGUGAUGUCAUCUGA